GUGUGGAAAGAAGCACACACAAAGGACAGAGGUGGGAUGAGGCCCGCUUGCAUGCUGAUGAACUUUAAAAAGCACCUUGCAUGCAUCAAAAGAAUGACAUACGUGGGUUUUUUGUGUGAUCUCAUAUUUAAUUUACCCUCCAGAGCGAUAGAUCAAUAGUUAAGUACUGAGAAACUGCUUUUCAACAGUGUUGUAGAGCAGGAAAAAACAUGGAGAAAUCAAUUUCUUUUUUCUGUCUCAGGAGACUCGGUGCCUUCUGUAUUGCUCAUGGCAGCAGUAAUCUCAACUUUUUAUCUUUGUUCUCUAAACUCCCAACGUUGGGAGUAAAUAGUAACGUAUUCAGAACGAUUGAAACUGCUUUAUUUGUCAUCGUUACCACUGUUACUGGUAAAUUCUGGACCUCCUGUAUGUGAAAUUGCAGAGAUGAGCUUUGUAUGAAGCAAGUUUGGUAUGAAUUCUCUGGAGGUUUAAUUUAAUUUAGUUUAAUUUAAUUCUCUGGAGGUUCAAAUUCUGUGUGAAAAUAAAGAGCAAGUUUGUGCAAGAUUUUUAUAAGUGGAAGAAAAAACCCCAGUAUGUUAAGAGGCAAGAACAACUUUAAUAAGUUUUAGCAUGUUCUAAGGGACCCAUACCUUGUAAGAAUUUUCAUGUUUUAAAUUGAGCUAUUGACAGUGUCUUGUUUUACCAUUAUACCUUUUCUGUUCACCUGACAGGACUAUAAAAGUUGAUAUUUUUCAUGAUUGUCUUUUGGGCUGCUACCAAUUUUACUACUGUCAAAUACUUUUCUAAGCAAACACUGGGAUAUAGAAAAAUUGAAACUAUAAUUACAGACUCUUUAGAAAAUAAGUAUGAGCUCACUGUACAUCUAUACUUCUUAUGUCUUGUGGCCAGAACAAUACACCAAGGAAAAUUCAUAGCCACAGAUAUUUUCAUUAUUAACCGAGAAAGACUAAAAAUGCAUAAGCCUAUUUGUCACCCCAAGAGUUAUAAGAAGAACAAGAAAACCAGCAUGAUGACAACAGGAGUAAGGACUUAAUAAAAAAAAAAAAAAUAAGAUCGAUGACUCAGCACAGAAAAAGACUUGAAAAUUAAAUUUGAAAUCUUGUUCUUUGAUUAAGUGACAACAAAACUAGACAAAUCUUUGUCGAGAAUAAUGGAAAAUGAGAAAAAUCUAAUGUGUAUACUAGAACGUGCAAAGGGAAUAUAGCAAUGAAUGUAGAUAUUUGAUGGGAAAUACUGUAUAAAGUCCAUGAGAAUACCGGAAAAUCUUGAUGAAAUAAUGACUUUCUUAGAAAUUAUAAACAGCCAGAAUGGACUCAGUGAAACAUGAAACUUGCAGUAAAUGACAGUGUAAGAAAUGGAAGUUAUCAAAGAGCUCUUCCCCUAAAAUGUGUAUGAACCAGAUUCUUCAACUCUGCAUUUCUUCUGCGAUUUUCUUUGGCAUUUUAAAGUAUUUGUAAACAUAGAGGAUAUUAGAAAUCUUUGUACACCAUUUUCAAGAUGAUAAUGUAAGGGCUAGAAAAAAAAAUUUCAGGAAUCAAGCGCUUGAAAAGGAACCUGAAUGAUAUUCUUCUACAAAAAUAGGUUUAAAAACCUAAGGAAAAACACAGCAGUUAAGUCCAGGAGUAUCUUCAAACUGAGCUGAUCUAAGGGUUGCAUCAACGUAAAGGAAUUUAUUAGUAAAACGCACCAAAUGGUAAGAUCUGUAGGAUCAUAUUAAUAGAUGUUGGAAGAGCAGCUGAUGAAAUUCAACGUGAUCUCUGGAUAAAAAGAAUUUUUAGUAAAAGGAGACUUUUUAUCUCACUACACACCAGAUUUAAAAGUGGCCCACCAGAUCCAGCCGAAGAGCUGCAGUCACAUUAGAAUAAGGAAGAGAACAAGGGUCCAUGUUAUUCCACCAUUACGAUUCUGAUAGUGCUGCCAUAAUGAGGCAAAGAAGAGCUUCACACAAGAAGAUCCAAGGCUCAGGCAGCCUUUCCUGACUGUGUGCCCUUGCGACCAAGGUGAGGGAGAAGAGAGAAGUUUCCUCAGGUGGAGUCACCAAGCAGAAAUGGGUCAUCUGUGGUAAAACAUCACCCUGCCCAGGAUGGGGAAAUGACAGGACUCUCGGAGUGCUGCGGGAGUGUAGCUGUUGAUCUCUCUCUCAUGGUGGCUUUGAAAAUCCAUGUUUUGUAUUUAACAUCAGGGUCACCCAGUCUUAUUUUUCCUUUCAUGGUUUUCAAGCAAUGACGUGGAAUCUGGGGACUGACUUCAUGAAGGGGCAGCAUGGUAGAGAGGAAGGCCCUGACAUCAACCUGCCCGGGCGGCUUCUGUUGACAUCCAUGAAUGCCCGAUGCAGAAAAUGCUUUUAAAGUAAGACUGAGUAUCAGAACAGCUCUGGGAGAUAAAGCAUAUGCCUGGGAUACAAAUGAGGAAUAUCUUUUCAAAGCAAUGGUGGCUUUCUCCAUGAGGAAGGUUCCCAACAGAGAAACAACAGAAAUUUCCCAUGUCCUACUUUGCAAUGUAACCCAGCGGGUGUCAUUCUGGUUUGUGGUUACAGAUCCUUCAAAAAAUCACACCCUUCCUGCUGUUGAGAUACAGUCAGCCAUAAGAAUGAAUAGGAACCGGAUCAACAAUGCCUUCUUUUUGAAUGACCAGACCCUGGAAUUUUUAAAAAUUCCUUCCACUCUUGCGCCACCCACUGACCCAUCCAUGCCCAUCUGGAUCAUUAUAUUCAGUGUGAUAUUUUGCAUCGUCAUAGUGGCAGUCAUGCUGUUGAUUUUAUCAGGAAUCCGGCAACGUAGAAGGAAGAGCAAAGGACCAUCUGAAGUGGAUGACACUGAAGACAAGUGUGAAAACAUGAUCACAAUUGAGAACGGCAUCCCCUGCGAUCCUUUGGACACAAAGGGAGGGCACAUUAAUGAUGCCUUCAUGACAGAGGAUGAGCGGCUCACCCCUCUCUGAAGGGCUCCUGUUUUGCUUCCCCAGGAAAUUCAACUCUUGUUUCUGUGCCACUGCUGAGCAUUAUAAAUUAUCAAGGACAGAUCAUCUAUUUUAUUUCACCAUUCUUCUUUCCUAAGAAAUUCUGCAUGUGCAUGAAAGUAAAAGGCGGUCAUUUAUACCCAUGAAGACCACUGGAAUCCUAAGCUGUUGACUACUCAAAAUAUUCUAAAAUAUUUCUCUGACAACACAAUGUAUAAGUAUAGUCACGUGGUACCUUUACUUAUUGGUUUAAAGGUGCAUUAGUGUUGAACAUUUCUGGAAAUAAGGUCAGGCCACUACAUAUAUAUACAGAUGUAUAUAUAUAUGUGUGUGUGUGUGUGUAUUUAUAUUCCCCCCCACAAACACAAUUUGAAGACCUACGGAGAGAGAUUUUUCCAGUGGAGAAUACCCAUAAUAUGGUGUAAAAAUCUUUGAAGAUGGAUCCUUUUUGAAUAUUGUUUAUAUCACUCUGUAUAUGACUAAGCAAGAAUAAAAUAUGAUUGGGAUAUGAAUGAUGACAAUGGGAGUGACUGUAUCCAAGGUAGAAUUUCAUCCUAUGACCAUACCAAUACUUACUUAUUCUCUAUCAUUCUCUAAUAAGUCAGCCCUGUUGGUUGACUAUUUCUGCAAUUUGUAAAACUACAACCUCUGUGAAUUUAAUAAAGCGCUAAUCAUCCCUUUUUAAUUAUG